CUUGUGAACAUAACCAUGUCAUAUACAUCACCCUCAACCAAGAUUCUUGAUCACAUCGUACAUCUCACACCUCCUGGCUCGGUGAAUGAGGUAUCGCGGCAAUUCCGAGACCUUGGUUUCCAUGUCCUCCCAGGCGGUACACAUGCCGGGGGACUGACAGAAAAUGCGCUCGUGAUACUGCAAGACGGCGCAUACCUUGAGCUCAUUUCCUUCACUCACCCAGCGUCGCAUUACCCACUAGGAUCGCCUGAGCGCCAGAAACGGGAUGCCAAUCCUUGGGCAUGGAAGGAACCUGGUUGGAUCGACUACGCAUUCCUCGGGUCUUCCAGCACCUCAAUAUCAGAGCUUAUAAACUCCCGAGCCAAGAAGGAUAAGAGUAGGAUUCGGUAUGAUCCAGAAGUUGAUGGAGGAAGAGAGCGCAGCGACGGCAAGGUGUUAAAGUGGCGGAUCUCUGCACCAUCCCAGGAUGCUGAUCGAGGACUUACUCCAUUCUUCUGCGGAGAUGUCACACCAAGGGAAUGGAGGGUCCCACUCGAUCCCCCUUCGAAUGCAGAACAUCCAUCUGGAGUACUUGGGGUCGCAUACGUCCGAAUUUUGGUGGAGGAUAACGAUCUGUCGGACAUGAAAGCGACUAUGACGUCGAUCGUCGGUAGAUCACCUGUGUCUAACACAUCGCGAAGAGCAACUUGGGUGCUUGAUACACCUAGAACAGAUGUUGCUGGAGGAAAACCCAGACUCAUCAUCGGCGUGCCGGAGACGGCGGACGAACGCUGGACGUUGAAAGAGAGGGGCCAGGGUAUCUAUGAGGUUGCGUUCCUCGUUAACUCAGGUAUGAAGGCGGGGCAAGCCUGGACGCCGUAUGGAAAAAUUGUUUGGGUAAAGGGAUAGCUCGCACAAAAUAUAUGAUCUUCUUGCUGAAGGUUGGACAAGCCGUUAAAUGAAUCCUUACCAGCAGUGUAUCGGAUAUCCUCCAGUUGCAACUUUAACCCAGUCAUCGUUCGCCC